UUUGGAAGGCUUCCCUUUUGUUCCUGAUUCCAAUGGCAGGAUUAGCUCCCUCACAGUUGUCUUUGCAUGAAGUGCUUGUUGUGCAUGAGCAUCCUGUGAGUGAGGAGCAGGCGUGGGCUCUGUGUUACCAGGGCUGCCGAGCUCUACAACAGGAGCAGCAGAAUCUGGCCAGUAAUUUGCUGGUGAACUGGAAACAGCCUCAAUUUAGAGAAGUGAAUGACUUGACCCUGGGUGAUGAUGGGACUGUUGUGUGUGUCUCAACCAGCACUGGUAAUUCUGAUGACCUGAGGAGGACAUGCACAGAAGAGCAGGUUGUCAGUUCCCUUGGAGUGGUGAUAUACAAGGCCCUGGAUUGGAGCCUGAGUGAGGAUGAAGAACGUGUUCUCAGUCUCCCUUUAGAGCAGUUGAUAAAGCAAAUGGUGUUGAGAACAGACAAUCAGCCUCCAGGCACUAUCACGGCUACACUUAGGCUCUGUGAAAGCCAGCUCCAGGAUCCUUUGAUGGCUGCAGCUGAAUAUCGAGCUGUGUGUAAGGCCCUAUUUGAUGAGACUGUGAAAUUACAAAGCUACUUGGACUGUAUCAGAAGUGCGAAGCAGGCUCUGGAAAAGCUGUUGGAUCGUGAACCAUCAAAAGACACAAGCUCUGAGAUUGUUGACUGGAAUCGCAUUUGGUUCCAGUUGAUGAAGGAAGUGCGAAGUGGUGUGAGGUUAAGGAAUAUCUGUGAGCGGCGUUACAAUCCUCUUCCAAUAAAGUUCCAACUGUCUCCAUUUGAUGAAAUGCUGGAUGACAUUAAGUACAAGCGAUAUAUCCUCCACAAGGUCAACAACAACGAACCCAGAACUGCAGCUGAUGUCUCUGUGGAUUUCAGUCUCUUGAGGUCCUUGCUGAAACCUGCAGCUGAGAGAAAACUUAGAGACUUGCCAGUUUCCACCCCAUCUCUGCAUGCGAUGCUGAUGAGGGAGAUAGAGUCAGCUGUUAAAAAGCUACAACCAGUAUCUUCAGAGCCAGCAGAAGGCUUAGUGCAGGCUGGAAUAUCAGCAUGUGAGAAACCCCAAAGCAAGCACCGAGAGAGAACACCAGAAUUUGCAUAUUUGGAGGCUAAGGCAGAUCUCUUGGCCUCGGAGCAGACGUGCAAUGCGAAUGGGCAGGAACUGCCAUUGUCAGAGACCGCCUACAGGAGACCAAGUAGGAGCAUGCCUCCAGAAGAGAUGUCAACAAAGCCUAUAUCUUGGACGGAUGCAACCAGCCUCACAUGGGGCUCUAAGGACAAAUAUAAAUUCCAAAUUCCUACACUGAUGAGCAAGGCUUUGUGCAUGGGUUAUGAAUACGUGGAAAUUGAGGAAUUUCAUUAUGCUUCAUCACUUUACAUCAAAGAACUUGUGUGCAGUUGUCAGAUCAUAACGAAAAGAGAAGUGGGAAAUCGCAGGAUGGUGAAAGACAAAUUCUGCUUCUCUUGCCAAAUGGAGCUUUUUUUCGUCUGGGCUCUCGUUUGUCACUUCUGUAAAAAGAUAAAUAUGUUCCGAGUGCUUUAUGACGAUGUCAAGCCACGUCCUUGUGAGCACCCUCCUAUGAACUGCAAGCCUCUGGUUGUGGCCACAGUGGAGGCUGGAGUCCAGGCUGAGCGCUGCCGAUGUGGAUGGAAAAAGGUACAACUGUGGCAAUCCAAAUGGAAAGUUGAGAUUGAGAGCGAUGAAGCAGAAAGCUUGGCUGGUCAACGUCCGAGAGCACUCAGUUGUUGAACUGAGGGAGAAAACUGAUUUGAACCCAAUAAAUGAGAGCUAAUAAUCUUGGAAUUAUGCAACUGAUAGACUGGAAUGUCAUUCCGAUAAGUGAGAGGGAUUCGUCAUCGGAUUCAUGCCUUGAGCUUGCACUUAACCAGAACAUUGUCAAUGGGUUUCACGGUUAUCCAAAGUUUUGAAGGUGUGACCAUACAGAGCUCUUGUUUAUUGGUCAGCUCGACUUCAAUAGCUUGGUGUUUCAGAUUUUGAUGGUUUUUAAAUCUGUUUAUUUGUGCCUUUCUGAGAAUAAGGACAAAACCUGACCUUGGACUUGGAGGAGUGUAACAGUCCUCCUCUUCCACCAGGACCAUGUAAUUUCUGCUUCAAGCUUGUUUGGUUAUAGGCAUGGAUUGACAUAUGGAAGAAGCUCUCUUUCAGAGCUUUUUAAAUAUUUAAUAUGAAUUUAUAGUGAUUUACAUAUUUCUCUGGUCCCCUAAGCCAGUCUCAAAAUAUUUAUUGUACAAUUUUCAUGUUUGGUGUUUGCUUUAAUGGCAAUCCUAACUGAGGUUAUUUGCACACUUGAAUGCAAGGACACUAUAUUGUUUCCCUAGACGUUCGUUACCUGUACUGUCCAGUAUUAUGAAAAAUUGCCCACUGUUUGUUCUAUUUCACAACUUGAGGGGAUGUUUAUUCUAUUUAUAAAUUAAAAAAAAAAAUCAUUUUGUACUCCUAUAUUGAAAGAAAACAUGUUGGCUUUUGUACAGAAUAAAGUUUAA